CUCUCUCUCUCUCUCUCUCUCUCUCUCUCUCUUAAUGCCUCUCCCUCCAUCUCUGUUUCUGGCGAUGCCUGAAAAUACAACAGUUUCUCUCUCUUCCUAACACCAAACACACACACACACACACAGAAUGUCAGAUCCAGCAGAUAACAAGCAUUCCAUCCCAUUUCCUUCCCGUGGGCCCCACCACCGCCGGGCGCAAUCCGAGCUCUCCUUCCGCAUCCCUGAAGACCUUGAUCUCAUCGUCGAUGACCGCCACCAAUCAGCAGCGGGAUUCGAUGGAAUGGUGUCAGAGGAUGAUGAUCUCGUUUCCACCUACAUUGACUUGGAGAAGGUCGGAUCCAGGAUCGAGGAUGGCCAAUUUGGGGACAGAAUGGAUGGGAAUUGCGGGGAUGGGAAUGGAGGCGAGGCCAAAAACGCACGACCACGGAAUCAUCACCAUCGCCAUAGUAAUUCCAUGGACGGAUCGAUGAUGUCAGUGUCGUCAGGGUUGUAUGGAGAGGUGGUGGAGGCGAAGAAGGCGAUGGCUGCUGAUAAGCUUGCAGAGCUGGCUGCGAUUGAUCCCAAGCGGGCCAAGAGGAUUCUUGCAAAUCGUCAGUCUGCUGCUCGCUCGAAAGAGCGGAAGGCCCGUUAUAUAUCAGAACUUGAGCGGAAAGUUCAGACCCUUCAGACUGAAGCUACAACUCUUUCUGCACAGCUCACAUUAUUCCAGAGAGAUACAACUGGCUUGACUACUGAGAACACGGAGCUUAAGCUACGGUUACAAGCAAUGGAGCAACAAGCUCACUUGCGUGAUGCUCUAAAUGAGGCGCUGAAGCAAGAAGUCGAGAAACUCAGGAUAGCUACCGGGGAAGUAUUGAACCCUGGCAAAUCAUUUAACUUUGGCGUGCCUCAAAUGCCAUAUAAUCCCUCAUUCUUUUCGAUUCCUCACCAAUCAGUAGGCCAUCACCACAACAUUCAACUGUCGCAGUUCCAUCCGUCCCAGCAUAACAUUCCCAGUCACCAAUUGCUUGCGCACUCACACAUGAUCUCAGAAAUGAUGAAGCAAGACCCACUUGGCCGAUUGCAGGAGCUAGAUAUCAGUGGAGGCUCACAUCUUGUGAAAUCUGAAGGUCCCUCGAUUUCUGCUAGUGAGAGCAGCAGCACCUUUUAACUGGUUACUACUGCCAUUGGUAGCAUACGUGUCCAUCAGAUUGCGGGAAUGGUGAGAAGAGCCAUGGGAAGAGGAUCAAGUGGUGAGGGCUUUCUUUGCUGCACGUGCAUAUGUGGCACAUGUACAAGGUCCUUGCAAGAUGUGACCCACCAUGAACAUGACUUGGCUCAGCAAUCAGGCUGGUCCACUCAUUGCUUCAAAAUGCAUGCAUGGUCCACCAUCAUGGGUGGACCAGCCCGAUUUUCUGGCCAUGGCAUGUUCACUGUGGCUUCUGCCUAAUGAAUGGCCCAGAUAAUGCAGACGUGUCCCAAAUCAUGUGUCUGCGAAGAAGAGCCCUAAAUCAACUUCACACCAACCCCCUUGCCACUCAUGGUUAGGUUUGUCCAUAGGCUGACAUCCAUGAGUUUCUACUUUCCUUUGGGUACUGUAUUUUUUUAUUUGAUUGGUUCUUUUAUGGUAUAAUCAUUUCUUGAUUAUUCAUCUGUAGGUUUCUCUCUUUC